AUGAGUAAUAAAAUGCAGCAUGGAAAUCAACUUCACUCCACAGUACAUUACGUGGAAUCAGAUGACUAUGAAGAUCCAUGGGAACGUCACAGGAACAUUCAGUCUCAUGAUGUAGAAAAGAAGUUCUGCGGUCCUGAGAAGGAAGAAGAAGCUGAUAUAAACGCACAAGUACUGAAAAACGUCAACAACUCUAUUGCCAGGCGAAAUGCUGGUUAUGUUGUUCGACUUCCCUUUAAGGAAGAUCAUGAAUAUCUUCCAGACAAUAAAAUAUUAGCGCUUCACCGACUGCGAAGCGUGCUUCGCAAAUAUCAACAAGAGCCACAUAUUUUUCAGCAAUAUCAUAGCAUCUUUCAAGAUCAAGUUGCUGACAAUAUCCUCGAAGAAGUAAACGAGAACAAGGACACAGUUGGGAAGAUGAAGCAUUAUCUUUCACAUCAACCCGUGUUCACCCCCCAGAAAGACACUACGAAAUUAAGAGUAGUGUUUGAUGCAUCCGCGCAUCAUAAAAACUGUCCUUCACUUAAUGAUAUUCUCCAUCAAGGACUAACCAUAAUGCCUAAGCUGUACAGAAUUCUCUUAUGCUUCCGCACUGCAAAAUACGCACUUCUAUCAGACGUAGAAAAGGCACUUCUUCAAGUACAUUUUCACGAAGACGACAGAGAUUUUGCAAGAUGCUUAUGGAUCAGGGAUAUUACCAAACCAUUGACAAAUGAUAACCUGGUGGUAUACAGAUUUACCAGAGUCACUUUUGGGAUCAAUGUCUCACCAUUUCUUCUCAGCGCAACAAUCCUCUUCCACUUGAGCAACUAUGUUAAAAAUGACGGAUUAGCUCGAGAAAUUUCAUCUAAUCUGUAUGUCGAUAAUUUAAUUGUCGGAUCAGAAACAAUUCUUGAGGGCGUGCAAAAAUAUAAAGAGCUAAAAUCAAUCUUUAACGACCUCAAGAUGAACCUAAGAGCAUUUGUCACGAACCACACGGACAUCAUGGAUGCAAUAUCCACAAAGGAUCGCUCUUCAAAUCUGUGCCCUAAGUACAAGAAGCAGUUGUCAAAAAACCUGAACCUGAAAGAGGAGGAAAACCACGUGUACAGAGCAUACGGACGUCUUAAUAAAUCCAAUUUGAACUCUAUGACGAAAAAUUCCAUCCUUAUCGUUCCUAAUACGGAACUGUAUCGUCUUAUUAUUCUCGAAGCGCAUGGGCCGUAUCACAACACUACAGGUCAUACAAUAGCAGAAGUUCGACAACAGUACUGGAUUCCACGGUUCCGAGAACAAGUGAAGAAAUGCAUGCGGUCUUGUGUACCCUGUCAAAAAAUGAAUAAUCUGCCAUAUAGAUACCCAGAAAUGGCAAAUCUUUCAUCAAGGAGAGUAACAAAAACACGCUCGUUUGAAAAUAUAGGACUCGACUACUUCUGCCCUAUAACCGUCCAUGAUGAUCAUAAGGAACGUACAAACGUUUAUGGAUGCAUAUUCACAUCUUGUGUAACUUGCCUCAUCCAUUUGGAGAUCGAAUCCGACGGAACCACUGAGAAGUUUCUCAAUGCAUUUCGUAUAUUCGUAGCUCGUAGAGGAAAACCACGCCUAGUUACCUAUGACAAUGCACCAACCCUUAUACUGGAAAGUCAAAUCUUGAACGAUUCUCUAACCGAUACUUCAACCAAUGAAGACAUAGUUCGUAAUAUGAGCAAUCAGAUGAUCGAAUGGAAGCAUAACAUUCCUUAUUCACCUUGGAAAGGCGGCUUCUAUGGAAGUCUCAUAAAAUCAGUCAAACAAGCCCUAUUCAAGGCAAUCGGAAAACGCAUUUUAACAAUAGAUCAGCUGCACACGUUCCUCGUAGAAAUCGAAGGAUGUCUUAACUGUAGGCCUCUUAUUUACCAAGAAGACGACAUUAACGAUGCUCUACUACCUCUUCGUCCAAUAGAUUUCGUGCAACGCGAAAUGGAAGUAACUCUUCCUUUUAAUUUUUCAGAAGAAGAAAAGGCAGAUCCCAUCUUCCUACCUCCCUCGGAAGCAUUACAAUUCGAAACCAGACUACAAACUGAAAAAGCAUUGCAAUCUUCCUACAUUCUCACAGAACGUUUCUGGGAAAAGUGGAAAAAUCAGUAUUUAACAGCUCUUCGAGAGCAACAUCGCUGCACUAUUGACGGUAAAAGGGGAAACGCUAAUGAAGUCCGGGAAGGUGAAUUAGUUCUUAUAACGGACGCUUUACAAAAAAGGAAUCGCUGGAAAUUAGUGCGCAUCUCCAAACUAGUACCAAGCAUCGACGGAGCAGUGAGAGAAGCAGAAGGGGAUGGUUGUGAUUGCGUAGCUGCUGAGUCUCAUGUAAGGUGCGUAUGUAACGAAGACAGGGUCGGAACAACCUUCUUCGACAUUACCAAAGUACCCCCAUUUACACAUCAACAAGUACGAUUUACGCCACAUCCACUACAUGGAAUCAUCGCAGGAGCAGAUGAGGAUAUAUCCGCCGAGAUCGUCUUGAACUUGAAAGAAACCAUCGACAAUUCCAUCACAGAAAUCAGAGACGACUUCUUUUUACCAUUGAAAACACUUACCUCAACGGAUAUCAUCAGUGCAGUAAAGGAGCAACUGCUACCUUAA